ACUCCCGGCACCACAGCCCUGGCCGGGUCGGGCGGUAACUGGAGACCAGUGAUUUUCCAGAUGAUACCUGUGAUUCUCGGCGCCCUCGUUUAUCGAGCGUUUGCCAAGGUCGGGUCCUGGGAUGCAGCCCGGCAGUGAUCGGCUCAGCCUCCCUUCGAGGGCGGACGAUACAGCAUUCUGAUGAGCCUGAGACUCACCAAAGUUGUAACAGAGGAGGUCGUAGAAUAGGACACUGGUCCUGGGGUCCUGGGAGCGCUGGUAAAUGGGCUCUUACUGGCCAGUCGAAGGGAGGGAGGAUUAAUUCAGAGUAACUGCCUGUCCGAGGGGGCGUGCUGGGUAGGGACUGGGGGUGGUGACAAGCUGGAAGGGCCAGUGCGGCGGUGGGGAAAUGAGCGCGGUCUGCAGGGGUGAGCUAGGAAGCGGAAGAGAGAGGAAGGUCUCAGAUCACAGAGUUUGGGACCCCGUGACAUAAAGGGACUUUAUAGCAGGGCAAUAUUUGGUGUACAUUUUGAAAAGAUCACUUUGACUCUCGGGUGGAGGCUGGAUGAUAGGAGGGAAGGAAUUGUGAGGCGACCUCUUCUAGGAGGUCACCGAUGUUGAGGAGAGAAGGUGGCCAACGGCGGUGGCAGAGUAGGUAUGGAAGAGAAUUGGACCCUUCAAAAGGAUACUUAAAAGUUGAGAAGAGUUUUGCAUAAGAUAUGGGAUUUGAGUGGGAGUAGCAUCCUGCUUAUCUAUGCAAUGCAGUUAACACAUCAGCUGGACCUAUUUCCUGAAUACAGGGUGACCCUUCUGUUAUUUAAAGAUGUAAAAAAUGCUGCGGCCUUGAGAAAAAAGGCCAUGGAAGGUGCCAUUGAUGGCUCAUUAAUAAACCCUACAAUGAUUGUUGAUCCAUUUCAGAUAAUUAUGGCCGCAAACAAAGCAGUUCACCUCUACAAACUGGGGAAAAUGAAGACAAGAACUCUAUCUACUGAAGUUAUUUUCAAUCUUUCCCCAAAUAACAAUAUUUCAGAGGCCUUGAAAAAAUUUGGUAUCUCAGCAAAUGAUACUUCAAUUCUGGUUGCUUAUAUUGAAGAGGGUGUAAAACAAAUAAAUCAAGAACACCUAAUAUCUCAGGUAGAAGGUCAUCAGGUUCCUCUGAAAAAUCUCCCUGAAAUAACAAAUAUUACAGAAGUCAAAAAGGUAUAUAAACUAUCUUCACAAGAAGAAAGUAUUGGAACAUUAUUGGAUGGUAUCAUUUGUAGAAUGUCAACAAAAGAUGUUUUGUGAAAUGACAGAAAUAUUAAAAAAUUUUCAGCUUUUAUACAAAA